AUGUUUGCCCGCCUACACCCAAACGCGAUCCCAACCUCCCUAAAGACCGAUUCUCCCGCUCCCUUGAAAUCUUUCAAACGUCGCCUAUUUCUAGACGACGACGAUGAUGAUAUGCGCCCACCCUCUCCCAAGAAACAUAUAAAGACGCAUUAUUCCGUUGCCCCGCUUUUUGAUAAAUAUAGGAGGUCAAGGGCAGACGAAGAAGACCAGAUUCCAAGUCACAUUCACAGCCGAAGACAGCGUCUUAGCCCUUCUCCCGACCAUGAUCCUCCGCUAGUCUCGGAGCUUGGUGGUAAGCUGAAUAUUCCUGCAUUAUAUUACCCACUAACUCCCACCCCAGAGCGCUACGCCAACCUCCGCGCAACAGUCCACAGCGCCGUCAUAGCCGGCCUCGAAGAAGCCGAAGCAGAACUAAUCGCACAAAGCGAGGCCAAUAUUCGCACCAACCGGCAGAUAAUGGCCGUUCUUGAGGCCCAAAUCAACAAACUCAUCUCACCCCUUCAGGACUUAACAAUCGAUUACACAGCCACCGGCGAAGACGGUCGCGAGCGCACAACCGCAGUAGCAAUCCGCGACGCUAUAUCCACCUUCGAGGCCAAACUCGAAGCAGCCACUGCCGAACUCAACGACCUCUGGGCAUCCUAG